GAGAGGCGGCGGAGCCUCUUUUGCGCCUUUGAGCUCGAGGGGAGACUCGCCGGCGGGGCGAGCCUUGGAACGCGGUGCCCUUCAAGCUUUCCCAGCCGCUCCUCCGCCGCCCUUGCGCCGCUUCCUCCGGGCCCCAGCCAGCAUGGAAAGCGCCGCGCUCGGAGCCGAGUUCAACAUCCUGCUGGCCACGGACUCCUACAAGGUGACACAUUACAAACAGUAUCCACCCAACACAACCAAAGUUUAUUCCUACUUUGAAUGUCGUGAAAAGAAAACGGAGAACUCCAAAUUAAGGAAGGUCAAAUAUGAGGAAACGGUUUUUUAUGGAUUGCAGUACACACUUAAUAAAUACUUACAAGGCAAAGUGGUAACCAAAGAGAAAAUAAAGAUAGCCAAAGAAGUAUACAAGGAACAUUUUCAAGACGAUGUCUUCAAUGAACCAGGAUGGAACUAUAUUCUUGAGAAGUACGAUGGCCGUCUUCCUAUUGAAAUAAAGGCUGUUCCCGAGGGAUUUGUCAUUCCCAGGGGAAAUGUACUUUUCACAGUUGAAAACACGGAUCCAAAUUGUUACUGGCUCACAAACUGGAUUGAGACAAUUCUUGUUCAGUCAUGGUAUCCCAUCACAGUAGCUACAAAUUCCAGGGAACAGAAGAAGAUACUGGCAAAAUACUUGUUGGAAACCUCAGGCAGCUUAGAAGGACUGGAAUACAAGCUUCACGACUUCGGUUACAGAGGGGUGUCUUCGCAAGAGACUGCAGGAAUCGGAGCUUCGGCGCAUUUGGUGAACUUCAAAGGCACGGAUACCGUAGCAGGAAUUGUUUUAAUUAAGAAAUAUUACGGCACAAAAGACCCUGUCCCAGGUUAUUCCAUUCCAGCUGCUGAACACAGUACUAUAACAGCUUGGGGGAAAGACCACGAAAAAGAUGCUUUCAAACAUAUUGUGACCCAUUUCUCUUCAGUGCCUGUGUCUGUGGUCAGUGACAGUUACGACAUUUACAAUGCUUGCGAACAAAUCUGGGGUGAGGAUUUAAGGCAUUUGAUUGAGUCGAGAAGUGCAGAAGCUCCUCUGAUUAUCCGGCCAGAUUCCGGAAAUCCUCUGGACACGGUGCUGAAGGUUUUGGAAAUUUUAGGAAAGAAGUUCCCCAUUACAGAAAAUUCAAAAGGUUAUAAAGUGUUGCCACCUUACCUCAGAAUUAUUCAAGGAGACGGUGUGGAUAUCAACACAUUGCAAGAGAUUGUGGAGGGCAUGAAAAAGCAGAAAUGGAGCAUUGAAAACAUCUCCUUCGGCUCGGGUGGAGCCCUUCUGCAGAAAUUAACCAGAGAUCUCUUGAACUGCUCAUUCAAAUGCAGUUACGUGGUUACUAAUGGCCUCGGGGUGAAUGUCUUCAAAGAUCCCGUUGCCGAUCCCAACAAACGGUCAAAGAAAGGAAGGUUGUCCUUACACAGAACGCCGAACGGAGAUUUCGUCACGCUAGAAGAAGGCAAAGGGGAUCUAGAAGAAUAUGGACAGGACCUCCUUCACACGGUGUUUAAAAACGGCGUAGUAACGAAGAUGUACUCGUUCGACGAAAUCAGAGAAAAUGCCAAGUUGAAGACAAAUGAACUUUCCACGGCGUCUCACUAAAGUUUCAUUCCAUGUUGGUAUAUGUGCAACAAUUAUGUACUGAUAUUGGUUUCUUGUA